AUGGGGCCUCCUUCAUAUUCUGAUAUAGGGAAGGCGGCUCGAGAUGUUCUCCGGAAAAAUUUUGACCUUGGUAUGAAAUUUUUCUCCUUCAAGAGCAAGGAAGGAAAUUGGGAAUAUGCCUCUCGGAUUGACAACGCUUUUCGUUACAGAAAUGUAAUGUACGGGUCUAUUGAAUCUUCUCUGUUUCUAAAAGAAUAUGGUGUCAAAAUCAAAGAAAAGUGGAUUUCUAAAGGUUCAAUAUCCUCGGAAUUAAGCGCGGAAAAUCAUCUGAUUGAAGGACUCACUAACAAGAUAAAAUCUGUGUAUAAUAUCAAUGAUAAAAAGGUAAAGUUUAAUGUAAAGUCUAAAUAUGAAAACGAAUAUGUCAAUGGGAAAAUUGACUGCAACUUUCGCGAGACUCUGCCAGAUGUUGAACAGUCCUUAGUUUUCGGAUUUCAAGAUUACCUGGCUGGAAUUAUCGUAAACCUUGAUUCGCCUGCAAAGAAAUUACGAUUCGUUGAUUUCGCCUUUGCAUAUUCGAUCAGUGAUUUCGGCUUCCAUGCUAUCAUCACAGAUUGGGCUCGAACUUUUACUGCUGGUGUCUAUCAACGCCUGUCUAACACCUUGGAGUAUGCUGCUGAGGCGACCUGGAAUCGCAAUGAAUCGACGCACACCUGGGCCGUAGGUUGUCAAUACGCAUUAGACAACGGGAAGAAGCAUCUUGUAAAGCUGAAGUUAGAUAGCCACCAACGAGUCUACGCUUCCCUAAAGAGCCAACUUAAAAAGGGUGUCAAAGUCUGCGUCUGUGCUCUUUUCAACGAUUCUGAAGAGACUCAGAUUGGCUUCGGUGUGGAAGUCGAGUGCUGA